AUGAGAUUGUGCACGUACGAGAAGACGGGGUGUGCGCGGACAAGUCCCCCGUUUCAGGAUAGCGGGACAGAAAAUCAAGCAGCGCCCGCAGGAGUCCGAGGUGCCGUGCUCUGGGCAUCCAGAAAGUCGGUAGCUCGGGGACCUUCGUGGGCUGAUGACUGA